AUGUCUGUUCUUAUUCUCGGAGCCGGCGAGCUGGGCUCCGCGAUGCUCAAAGCACUCACCUCACACCCUUCUCGGCCAAACGACGCCAACAUCUCGGUUCUCCUGCGGCCAUCAACCAUCUCUUCCACCGACCCAUCGAAAUCCAAGAGUGUCUCGGACAUCAAAGCACUCGGUGUCUCCGUCGAGGCGGGCGAUGUCGUGAACGAAUCCAUCGCAGACCUCGCCGCACUCUUCAGCAAAUACGACACCGUCAUCAGCUGCACCGGCUUUGUUGGUCCCACAGGAACCCAACGUCGUAUUUGUCAGGCUGCAUUGCAGUCCAGCGUCCGCCGCUACAUUCCCUGGCAGUUCGGCGUUGACUACGAUGUCAUCGGACGCGGGAGUCCGCAGGUCUUGUUUGACGAGCAACUCGACGUGAGAGAUAUGCUACGCGCGCAGACCAAUACGGAGUGGAUCAUCAUUAGUACGGGGCUGUUUAUGAGUUUCUUGUUUGUGAAAGAGUUUGGAGUCGUGGACUUUGAGGAGAGGAAGUUGAGGGCGCUGGGGGGCUGGGAUGUGGAGAUAACAGUGACGGGACCGGAGGACAUCGCGAGGAUGACAGCGGAGGUUGUAUUUGAGCCGAGGGGCAUUCCAGUGGAGAAGAGGUUUAACGAGAUUGAGUUCACGAGAGAGGAAUGGGGUAUGCGAUUGAUAGAAGCAAGUUUGAAGCAGGACCCGGGAAAUGUGUGGAACAAGUAUCGGGGGAUCUUUGGAGCUGGCAGUGGCAUUGCCUGGCCUAUGGAGAGGACGUUGAACUACCAGCGUGGCAUAAAGCUAGAAAACUUAGAAACAUGCUUGAGAAGCAUGAAGAGCCCGGCAAUGUCGGAAGCGUAA